AUGCCAUGGAUUGUCGGUUUGAGCAUGAAAGCCAACAUCAUCUCUUUCCUCACUGGGAUUGGACACGAGCGACUGAAUGUUUUGCAUCGAUGGCUUGCAUAUAUUUGCCUGCUUCUCAGUUUGAUUCACACCAUUCCCUUUUACGUCACACCGAUCUGGUCCGAGGGCGGUUUAGGUGUUUUCCAAUCGGCUUUCGGCAAUUCUGGCAUCUACGUCUACGGAUCUGGCAUCGCGGCACUCGUGCCUCUACUCUUCCUCUGUGUGCAUUCUUUGCCUCCGCUUCGCCGAAAGAUGUACGAGCUGUUUGUGGCGUUGCAUGUGCCUGUUUCUAUUGUCUUUCUCGCCAUGCUCUUUUGGCACUGCAAGAACUUUCUCACCUCGUGGCAUUAUCUGUGGGCGACUACAGCUAUCUGGUUCAUCUCGUACGUCGUUCGCUUGUUCUUCCUCAAUUGGACAAACUACUUCCGGCUAUCAUGGUUGGUUGGCGAGGAGGCAGCUGUCAUGUUGAUGCCCGAAAAUGCCAUUAAAGUCACCAUUCCAACACAGGUGAAAUGGAAGCCUGGACAAUAUGUUUAUCUGAGGAUGCCGGGUAUUUCAGUCUUCGAGAAUCAUCCUUUCACAAUCGCGUCUCUGUGGAGCGAUGACUUUCCGUCCCAGUAUGGCGAAGAGUAUAGAGACAUGGUCCUGGUCUUUCGACCUUUCGGCGGCUUCACCAAAAAAGUCCUUGACAGUGCAUUGGAGAAUGGUCCUUGGCACACCUACCGUGCAUUCAUUGAUGGGCCCUAUGGUGGUAUGAGAAGAAGCAUGGACUCUUUCGACCACGUUGUCCUAUUCGCAGGCGGCAGUGGCAUCACAGCCCUAGUGUCCCAACUCCUCGACUUAAUCAAGCGGCUCAGAGACGGCAAAGCAGUAACAAAAACCGUCCAGGUAAUCUGGGCACUCAAACGCCCCGAAACACUCGAAUGGUUCAAAGAAGAAUUGCGCAUCUGCAGGGAAUUUGCCCCUCCAGAUACCGUACAAUGCCAAUUCUACAUUACCGCUGCAAAACGGCAAGCCAGAACAGGAGCACUGGUGUCUGCACAAACGCCCACAAGGCCCAUCAGCAUGAUCUUUCACAACAAAGUCAACGAAGCCUUUCAAAACAUUGCGCACAACAGACUCUCCACCAUCUCGGCAAACACAAACAGAAACUCCGCCUUGAUAAUGGACGAAGCAGCCGGAGACCCAGAACGAGAAAAAGCACUCCGUCGCGAAAAUGAAGAUAGAAUCAGACCAUUGCCACAAGCACAUUUACUGCCCAUGAGAAGUGCUUCUCGCAAUGGUCGUGUUUCUCCUCCUCCUCCUCCUCCUGCUUCUACAUCUCCUCCCCUGACCCUAGCAGAAAAACGACGUUCCCAACAAAUGUCCAUCCCACUCCCCGAUCCAGCCAACACACCCGCCUACCUUGGGCAAAACACACCACCCACAGAAGCGGACUUUGACUUUGGCUUCCCCUCCACACCCACAGAAUUCCAAAAGAACCUCAUGCGCUUCGCUUUCCUGCCCGCCGCCGUAAAGUCCACAAAAUCCGGUUGGAGUACCGAAUACGGACGUCCGGAUAUCCCGUUUAUGCUCAGGGAAAUGAGUACACAGUGGACGGGGAGAAGGACAUGUGUGUUUGUCUGCGGGCCGCCCGGUAUGAGGGUUGAUGUCAGUAAUACGGUUGCCGAGUUGCAGAGGACCGUGUGGAAUAUGCCUGGGAGGGAUGAGGUGUAUUUGCAUGCGGAGAAUUAUGCUAUCUAG